GUCGAAUCCAUUUUUUGAUUAGUUCUUGAUUUUAAUUCUAGGUUCCAGCGUUGGAUUGCACAAUUGGUAUUGAUAAAAUACCUGGAAUGAAAUUAACUCUGAAAUCUUCUUUGGGGGAGUUCCAGAAUCUGAUGGGCGAAGGACUUGGAGAUCAUCCAGAAGUCCUUGAUUUGUUUAAGGAGAACACCCCUUUUUUCUCAUUUUUUAGAUGUUGAGUGUAUUCCUCCUCUGUUCCUAUGGCAACUCAUUGCGAGGGAAGCCAAAAUAAAGAGGAAAUGAGAGAUGUGGUUCGUUGUCAAAGGAGUUCCUGUCAUGUACUCCUUGAGGGAGUUUUCACUCAUAAGAGGCCUCUACUGCUCUCACCUUAACGCCGGCUUUGAAAAUUCUAAGGAAUUAUCCUCUGCAAAGAAUGAUUCCAUUCGAGCUCACUUUCCUUCUGCAAAGAAGGGAAAGAAAUCUGCUGCAGUCACAUACAAGAUGGUUGUGCAGCGUUUCUUGGACAUUUGUAAAGGCUUGGACAGGGAAAAGAAGAAAGAAGGCCAGGAGAUGGAUGUUGUGAAAAUGGAAACACUAUUGUUUGUUGUUGUUGUUCUCUUGGGUCCUGCUGAUCGCGACAAGUCUGCAAUUCCAUAUUGGAUUUUGGGCAUGAGUGCACAGUGGACAGCAGUUCUAGCUAGGCCAAGAAUCUGCUUUUGGGGUGAGAUUCCAAUAAAGAAGAAAAUCACCCUCACAGAAAUGGAUGCUUACGUUGGGGACGUGCAGGCUCUACAGAGCAUUCUUGUUCCCGACAAGUUUGAGGAUACUGCAGAGUGGUAUUUGAACUUCUAUCCUCUAGAGACCACAACACACCCUGAGUUGGAUGCGCUUGUGGCAAAAUUAGAGGGUAGAGGGGAAGUCCACAUUCCGGUGGAGAGGAAGAGAAAAGCCCGGAAUGUCCCUUCACCAACAAGAGAUAAUUCUGUAGAGUGUAAUGAGCACAUCUUCUCUCCCCAAGCAUCUCAGAGGAGUCAGAGCCUUAGGGAAUCUCCUUUUAGAGUCUCCCAUUCCAACAUCCCAACUCCAUCGUCUCCUACCCCUCACCCCACCAAGCCUUCAUCGAAUUCCUUUCAAGAACUCUUUGAUCGAAUGUCAAAGAAAAUUGAUGACAUUGCAGAAGAACAAAGAAAGAGGUUUGAAGUGCCAGAGACGACAAUCAUGGAUGAUUGUGAAGAGACUGAGGCACGCAAUCCUUCACCUGAUGAUAAGGAUUCUCCAGGACCAGGUAUUCUCCAAAUUCUUGGGGAAAUAAAUCAAGAGCAUGAGAAUCCACCUUCAACUCUUUCUAAUUCUGUUCUAUGUUUGGAGAACAGAAUGGCUGAGUCUACCCAUGAGACAAUAGGAACAGAAGUUGCUGCCUCAAUGAAGCCUCUGCAGGAAAUGGUUGAGUCUAGCCAUGAGGUCAAUGAAACAGACGAUGCUGCUUCUAUGAAACCUCUGCAGGACAAGGUUGUUUCUCCCCAAAAGGAAUUGGGAGACGAGGCUGAAAUUAUUGAUGCCCUUGUGUAUGGAAAGAGAUUGAAAAAGAAGUCAGCCAGUUCGAAGUCUCCGUAUACAGCUGACAGGAAGAAGAAAAAGAAAGCCGAUGAACUCUUAUCUAAGCCGCUAACUAAAGGAGAUCUUUUGGAAUUUAAGAGCUUCAUCGUAGAAGCAAUUAAAACUGACCGCCUUGUACAAUGCUACCUCGAGCAGCACAAGGAGCAUGAGGAAUUUGUGAAAACCUGGUGGACUAACCUUACCACUCCAGGUCUUUGGGUAGCGGAUACUCAUCUGAGUGAGUACCUUUACGUCCUGAGAAGACGUUUAUGUAAUGGUGUUGGAGACUCUGUCAUUGCGCCUUUUGAAUUCACAACGUACGUGAACUCUUUUGCCUGUGACCCACAAUGGCCUGUUUUGUCUAGACCCAUUGAAAAGAUUGUGGAUGCACGCAUGCACAGUUCGUCAUCAUGUGCUGCAGCAGAGGGAUGCGUUAUCUGAUCGAAAAAACCAUUAUGACCGUAUUAUCUGAUCGAAAAAACCAUUAUGACAGUUAGAGAAAAACAACGUACUUGAAAUAUCCAUUUCUAUCAAUCAAUGAAAGAAAGGUAAGAAAUUCUGAUGUGGGUAAAGAAACAGGAUUGUAAGAUAUGGUAAGAAAUUCUGAUGUGGGUA